CUGCUGAUGUAGCUGAAAUAGACAUUGGAAUAAAGAAAUAACCCGGAAUCGAUGCUUAAUUGAUCUGCAAAGGAUUUGCAAAAAAAUGUCCAGUGUCUUAACAUGAAAUAAGACGAGAUUCAGAAGACAGAACUGUCCCAUCCUGGAGGCUACAUAAUUGAAGACAUUGUUGCAGGAUGAAAAGAUGGCAGCGCACAUGCUUGCACCGCCAGGCCCUGACAGUUUCCGCCUUUUCACCCGCGAGUCUUUGGCUAUCAUUGAGCAGCGGAUUGCUGAGGAGAAGAAAAAAAAGCCCCCCAAGCAAGACAGCAGCCACCGAGAUGAUGAUGAUCAAAAUAAGCCUAAACCAAACAGCGACCUUGAAGCGGGCAGAAGUUUGCCAUUUAUCUAUGGCGACCCCCCUUCUAAAUGCAUUGCUGAACCAUUGGAGGACUUGGACCCUUUUUAUAUAAAUCAGAAAACCUUUAUAGUACUAAACAGAGGAAAAGCUAUCUUCCGAUUUAGUGCCACACCUGCCAUGUACAUUUUAGGCCCUUUGAAUCCACUGAGGAGAUACGCUAUUAAAAUUUUGAUACAUUCAGUGUUCAGCAUGAUUAUUAUGGCCACUAUUUUGACCAACUGUGUAUUCAUGACUUUUAGUAAACCCCCAGACUGGUCUAAGCAGGUGGAGUACACAUUUACCGGCAUUUAUACAUUUGAAUCUCUUGUAAAAAUGAUUGCAAGAGGAUUCUGCAUAGAUAGCUUUACGUUUCUACGAGAUCCAUGGAAUUGGUUGGAUUUCAGUGUAAUAAUGAUGGCAUAUGUGACAGAGUUUGUGGACCUUGGCAAUGUCUCAGCGUUGAGAACAUUCAGAGUUCUCCGAGCAUUGAAAACUAUCUCAGUCAUUCCAGGCCUGAAGACCAUUGUGGGUGCUCUAAUCCAGUCUGUAAAGAAACUUUCUGAUGUAAUGAUUUUGACUGUAUUUUGCCUGAGUGUCUUUGCCCUUAUUGGACUCCAGUUGUUUAUGGGCAACUUAAGGCAAAAAUGUGUCAUUUGGCCACCCAAUCCAUCAUAUCUUAAUGCCACAGAUGAAAAUGGAACGAGGACUUUUGACUUCACUGACUACAUUAUGAAUGACACAAAUUUCUACAAGGUGGCAGGAAUGGCUGAUCCAUUGCUUUGUGGUAACAGCUCAGAUGCUGGCCAAUGUCCUGAAGGGUAUAUGUGUAUGAAAGCAGGAAGAAAUCCUAACUAUGGGUACACCAGUUUCGAUACGUUUGGUUGGGCCUUUCUAGCCUUGUUUCGACUCAUGACGCAGGACUUCUGGGAAAAUUUGUACCAACUGACACUAAGAGCAGCGGGGAAAACAUACAUGAUCUUCUUUGUUCUUGUCAUCUUCGUGGGUUCUUUUUACCUGGUGAACCUGAUUCUGGCUGUCGUCGCCAUGGCGUAUGAGGAACAAAACCAAGCUACCCUGGAGGAAGCUGAGCAGAAAGAACAGGAAUUUAAGCAGAUGCUGGAACAACUUAAGAAACAGCAAGAGGAUGCUCUGAUGGCUGCUGCGGCAGCCACUUCUGCAGGGACAGUCUCGGAAGAUGCGCUUGACGAAGAUGAAGAAGGAAGAAUGUCACAAAGCUCGUCAGAGUUGUCAAAACUCAGUUCGAAAAGUGCAAAGGAAAGGAGGAACAGGCGGAGGAAGCGGAAACAGACAAGGGGGCACUCGGAAGGGGAGGAGAAAGGCGACCAUGAAAAGAUUUUAAAAUCUGAAUCUGACAAUGGGAUCAGUAAACGGGGCAGGCAUUUAAUGAAAUACCCCAUGAACCAGUCUCAACUGAGUAUUUUGGGGUCCCCGAACCUAACUAGAUUCGACAGCAAAAGCAGUAUUUUCAGUAUUAGAGAUCGGAAAGAGCCCGGUUCGGAAACGGAAUUUGCGGAUGAUGAACACAGCACGGUGGAAGAGACAGAUGGCAAUCGGAAGAAUUCAUUGUUUGUUCCAAACAGGGAGCCUAAUAGGAGGAACAGCUACAGUGGCUACAGUCAACCCAGCAAGUCAUCGAAAAUGUUUCCAGUUCUUCCAGUCAAUGUGAAAAGGAACAGCACAGUGGACUGCAAUGGUGUGGUCUCACUUAUCGGUGGCCCAGGAGCUACCCUACCUGGUGGACGCCUACUGCCUGAGGUGAUAAUAGAUAAGGCAGCUACUGAUGACAGUCCUACCACUGAAAUAGAAAACAAAAAGAAACAUUCGGGAUCCCUUCUGGUGUCGAUGGACCAAUUGAAUGCAUCUUUUGGGAGGAAGGACAGAGCAAACAGUGUUUUAAGUGUUCUCACAAACACUCUGGAAGAGCUUGAAGAGUCUCAAAGAAAGUGCCCGCCCUGCUGGUAUAAAUUUGCUAAUAUGUUUCUCAUCUGGGAAUGCUGCCCCAUGUGGUUGAAGCUGAAAGAGUACAUGCAUCUGUUUGUGUUUGAUCCAUUCGUGGAUCUCGCCAUCACCAUUUGUAUUGUCCUCAACACUGCCUUCAUGGCAAUGGAGCACUACCCAAUGACAGAGUCCUUUGAAGAUGUCUUAUCUGUGGGAAACCUGGUUUUCACUGCAAUCUUCACAGCAGAAAUGAUGAUGAAGCUGAUAGCGAUGGACCCUUACUACUAUUUUCAGGAAGGGUGGAACAUUUUUGAUGGCUUUAUAGUGUCCCUCAGUUUAAUGGAACUAGGCCUGUCAAAUGUUGAAGGAUUGUCUGUACUCAGGUCCUUCAGAUUGUUGAGAGUUUUCAAAUUGGCAAAGUCCUGGCCAACACUCAACAUGUUGAUAAAAAUUAUCGGCAACUCUGUCGGUGCCUUGGGAAACCUGACGUUGGUGUUGGCGAUCAUCGUCUUCAUCUUUGCUGUGGUGGGCAUGCAACUCUUUGGUAAAAGCUACAAGGACUGUGUCUGUAAGAUCCAUUCAGAUUGCAUUCUGCCCCGUUGGCACAUGAAUGACUUCUUCCACUCUUUCUUGAUCGUGUUCCGCGUGCUGUGUGGUGAAUGGAUUGAGACAAUGUGGGACUGUAUGGAAGUGGCAGGCCAGACCAUGUGUCUUAUUGUGUUCAUGAUGGUCAUGGUUAUUGGCAAUCUUGUGGUGCUGAACUUGUUCUUGGCUCUGUUGCUGAGCUCUUUCAGUGCUGAUAAUCUUGCAGCGACUGACGAUGAUGGGGAGAUCAACAACCUUCAGUUGUCUGUGAUUAGGAUCAAAAAAGGAAUUGCCUUUAUGAAGGCCUAUGGGCAUGAAUUUGUUCAAAAACAUUUCAAGAGCAAAGACGCAGAUGAAGCCAAACCACUGGAUGAGCUCAUAGACAAAAAGGUGAACUACAUAGGAAACCAUACUGGUGCUGACAUAAAUCGAGAAAUGGAUUACCAAAAGAAUGGCAAUGGCACCACUAGUGGCAUUGGAAGCAGUGUGGAAAAAUACAUAAUUGACGAUGACCACAAUUCCUUUAUACACAACCCUAAUCUUACUGUCAGAGUUCCAAUAGCUGUUGGGGAAUCGGAUUUUGAAAACCUGAACACUGAAGACUUCAGUAGUGAAUCCGAAGUUGGUGGGAGCAAAGAGAAACUGGAUGACACCAGCUCGUCAGAAGGAAGCACAAUAGAUAUAAAGCCAGAAGGAGAAGAGGGGCCCCCAGUAGAGCAACCUGAAGAGUACUUGGACCCUGAAGCAUGCUUCACUGAUGGUUGUGUACAACGGUUUAAAUGUUGUCAGGUCAGCAUCGAAGAAGGUUGGGGCAAACCAUGGUGGACCUUGCGAAAGACCUGCUUCUUAAUAGUGGAACAUAACUGGUUUGAAACCUUCAUCGUUUUUAUGAUUCUGCUCAGCAGUGGAGCACUGGCUUUUGAGGAUAUUUACAUUGAACAGCGGAAGACAAUCCGGACCAUCCUUGAGUAUGCUGAUAAAAUCUUCACGUACAUCUUUAUCCUUGAGAUGUUGUUGAAGUGGACAGCCUAUGGAUUUCAAAAGUACUUCACGAAUGCAUGGUGCUGGCUGGACUUCCUCAUUGUGGAUGUUUCCUUAGUCAGCCUCGUAGCUAAUGCCCUGGGCUACUCCGAACUAGGUGCCAUUAAGUCUCUUAGGACACUAAGAGCUUUGAGACCUCUAAGAGCCUUAUCACGAUUUGAAGGGAUGAGGGUUGUUGUCAACGCCUUGGUGGGUGCCAUCCCUUCCAUUAUGAAUGUACUGCUGGUCUGUCUCAUCUUCUGGCUCAUUUUCAGCAUAAUGGGAGUGAACCUUUUUGCUGGAAAGUAUUAUUUCUGUUUUAAUGAAACCUCAGAACAUAGGUUUCUCCCCAAGGAAAUAAACAACAAGUCAGAUUGUGAGGCUUUUAUAAACCAGACCAGCGAUGAAAUUCGAUGGAAGAAUGUAAAGAUUAACUUUGACAAUGUGGGAGCAGGAUAUCUGGCUUUGCUGCAAGUGGCUACCUUUAAAGGUUGGAUGGAAAUCAUGUAUGCAGCCGUUGAUUCACGAAGGGCUGGAGAACAACCACUUUAUGAGGACAACAUCUACAUGUACAUAUAUUUUGUAAUCUUCAUCAUCUUUGGAUCUUUCUUCACAUUAAACCUGUUCAUUGGUGUCAUCAUUGAUAACUUCAAUCAACAAAAGAAAAAGUUUGGAGGUCAGGAUAUCUUUAUGACUGAAGAACAGAAGAAAUAUUAUAAUGCAAUGAAGAAACUGGGAUCCAAAAAGCCUCAGAAACCCAUUCCAAGGCCACUGAACGUAAUCCAGGGUGGAGUCUAUGACUUUGUCACUCAACAGGUUUUUGACAUCACCAUCAUGAUUCUCAUCUGCCUCAACAUGGUAACAAUGAUGGUGGAAACAGAUGAUCAAAGCAAAGAGAGUGAAAACAUUUUGUACUGGAUCAACUUCAUCUUCAUCAUUUUCUUCACAAGUGAAUGCCUGCUCAAACUCUUUGCGCUGAGACACUAUUAUUUCACAAUUGGGUGGAAUAUAUUUGACUUUGUGGUUGUGAUCCUUUCCAUUGUAGGAAUGUUCCUGGCUGAUUUAAUUGAGAAAUACUUUGUGUCGCCGACGCUUUUCAGAGUAAUUCGAUUGGCUCGAAUUGGUCGUAUUUUGCGUCUGAUCAAAGGAGCCAAAGGAAUCCGAACGCUAUUGUUUGCCUUAAUGAUGUCUUUGCCUGCCUUGUUCAACAUUGGGCUUCUGUUGUUCUUGGUCAUGUUCAUCUUUUCCAUAUUUGGAAUGUCUAAUUUUGCAUAUGUCAAGAAAGAUGCUGGUAUCGAUGAUAUGUUUAACUUUGAAACAUUUGGCAACAGCAUGAUCUGCUUGUUCCAGGUCACGACGUCUGCCGGUUGGGAUGGUUUACUCUUGCCAAUCUUAAACAGACCACCAGAUUGUGACCUUGAAAAGGAGAACCCAGGCACUGCUGUUAAAGGAGACUGUGGCAAUCCAAGCGUGGGAAUAUUUUUCUUUGUCAGUUAUAUCAUCAUAUCAUUUUUGAUUGUUGUGAACAUGUACAUUGCCAUCAUCCUGGAGAACUUUAGCGUGGCAACCGAGGAAAGUGCGGAACCACUGAGUGAGGAUGACUUUGAGACAUUCUACGAAAUCUGGGAGAAGUUUGACCCUGACGCCACACAGUUCAUUGAGUAUAACAAGUUGUCUGACUUUGCUGAUACCUUGGAAGCACCUCUUCGAGUUCCUAAACCCAAUCACAUUGAACUCAUUGCCAUGGACCUGCCCAUGGUGAGUGGAGAUAGGAUUCACUGUUUGGAUAUCUUGUUCGCAUUCACCAAACGUGUACUUGGUGAGGGUGGAGAAAUGGAUGUUCUCCGGCAACAGAUGGAGGAGAGGUUUGUGGCAUCCAAUCCCUCCAAGGUAUCCUACGAGCCAAUCACUACCACUCUCCGGCGCAAGCAUGAGGAAGUUUGUGCCAUCAUUAUUCAGCAGGCUUAUAGGGCACACUUGGCAAGGCGAAAAAUCACCACCAAAGGAAGAGUUCCCUGUACUAAGUCGGGAGGGCAUGCAAAUGAGAAUGGCAACACCAAUCAAGAGAAAAAAGAAGGAUCUCCCUCCACUGCAUCACUGCCAUCAUACGACAGUGUAACUAAACCUGAGAAACAAGAGAAGGAUCGAAAAGGCAGAAACAACCAAAAAGACAUCAGGGAAUCUAAGUUGUGA